AUGGCCAUUGGGGUGUAUUUGGCUUCAGUCUGUAUUCCAUAUAAUGGUUACCAAAAACCGUACAAUAUGGUGACAGCAUGCAUCCCUAUCGUGAAGAACCAGGAUGACUGUAUCACUAUCAAUGAUGGCUCGAACAUCAUCUUCAAGAACAACAAGUGCUCUGGCGGCCAUGGAAUUUUGAUCAGUUCCAUCUCUAGUGGCAAGUCCGUCACCGAUGUCACCAUCUCCAGAAACACUGUUACGGACUCGAUGUAUGGAUUCAGAAUCAAGGUCAAAGCUUCUGCAACUAGUGUGUUGGUCUCUGGUAUCACGUACUCUGGAAACACCCUCAGCAGCAUCAAUGAGUAUGGUGUCUUGAUUAUCCAAUCCUACCUUGAUGAUGAAGGUACCCCAGGAACUGGUGGUCCCAUCUUAGACAUGAACUUCACUGGAAGCACCACAACCAUCAAGGUUGGAGAUGACACUAAGCACCUGGCCAUUGACUGUGGAGCCUGCUCUGGUAAAGACAGAGGAUAUAAGUAUAGAUCUCAGUCGGGCACAGCGAAGGUGGAAUGACUAUAUUGAAAGGUACUGUACCUAAAGACAGAGGAUAUAAGUAUAGAUCUACAAAUGAGUGUGAGUAUGUUAUAAGCUAAGGAUGGUAAGGUAUACAUACCUCAGUCAGGCACAGCGAAGGUGGAACGACUGAGGUACAUGGGUAUCGAUGGCUAGGCUAUAUAGGUGAUCAAGUAAGGACAGGGGUGAUAUAUAUAUAGUAAGUAAGAACGAAUGACAGUGAAAGAUAACGGUAAAAAGGUAUACAGUAUGGAUAUCUUCAACACUCCCCCAUAUCCGGACUACUCCAUUGGAACAAUGUUG